UUCCUAAGUGGAAGCACGAAAUCUCAACUCGAAAAGCACGCUGGGAAAUCACUCGAAAGUGUUCAAUGGAGCCAUUCCUCUGAGAUUUUCCUGGAUAGAAAUGCUUUGUAUUUUUUAAAUUUGUGGCCAGAAAACAAACAGAUUGUGCAUUUUCAAGCGCUUCUUGUGUUUGGUUUGAGACUGUAGCGAUGAUUGGUGGGGUUUUCGUGUAUAAUCACAAGGGGGAAGUUCUGAUAUCUCGUGUUUUCCGUGAUGAUAUUGGGUGAGUCUCUGUCUAUAAUCUAUAUACAGAAUACAGUGUGCACUAUUUCAACAUCAACCAUCAGUUAUCAAAAUGAGAAAAUGAUUUGACAAAAAUUAUUUUCAUUGUAUGUUGUUGUGUUGUACGUACAUUAGUGACAAAUGGAUAGUUGUGAGAGUUGUAGUUAAUAUUUGAUUUAAUUGUUUCUGGGACUGCAAGUGUCAACAUUUCAGACUGAAAUCAACCAUAUAAAGUAUAUGAACAAGACUCCUCAGGGCCAUUCCAUUCAGUAUCUACACCCCCUUCCCAGUUCCGAUGUGGUUCAAAAUUUCUUAACCCUUACUCUCGAUUUCAAUUUGGUUUUGAAAUCCAACUUUGAAUGUUUGUUUGUAAGUUCGGAAUGUUUGUUGUAUUAACAUUCCAUAGCUUAUUCCAAUGAUGUAUGAUAAUCAAGCUUUGUAAGUUGUAGUUGGCUAGUUAAAUAAGCCAGCCAAUCAAAUUGCUUACUAUUGAAUCGUUGUAAAUCAUUGGAACGAACUUUGGAACAAAUUUCGGAACAUUUAUUUGCAAAGAACGCCCUAAAGGUUACAAACAAACAUUCAAAGUUCUAUUUCAAAAAAAAAAAAAUCAAGAGUAGGAAAUUCCUUUCAUACUAUCCUCCAGAAAUUGUGUAUAUUUACUCUUUAGUUAGGCCUAAAAAAAUACCUGUGGUUCCGGUUCCCGACCGACCCUAUUAUUUUUUCAACCCGAUUGACAGUUUAUUUUCUCUGAGUGGUUGCGGGCUGCUGCCAAAAUGGUGUCUGUUGUCACACUAAUUAUUGAAAAAAAACAUAAAUAAAUAUUCAAAAACAAAUUUAUUUCCGACCUACCGACCCUAAUUUUUUCGCGAUAUGAAACCAGAACCACAGGUAUUUUUUUUAUGCCUUAUUUAACAAUUGAAUUCUAAAGAAACAGUAGUUGCAAAUCCAUUGAGUGUCAGCGCUCUUCUCGUGAUGAGUAAAAUUGUCUGGUAUUAGACAAAGUAAAAUAAAGUAGGGUGCAGUGCAACUUGAUGGGUUGAAGACCCCUUAGAAUUUUAGACUACGUUCACACUACACUGUCGACAGCCAUUUCACAGAAAUGACAAAUCAAUGCCAAAAAUUUAAAUUAACACAAUAGCCACUACAAUGCUAUUUCUAGUUGCUACACGACCUUACCCUCAUCAAAUCAUAAAAUUUUUUGCUCAUGGUUGUCCCUAGGCAUUGUGGGAAAGGUGUUUAGAACAACAAUUAUUAUGCAGCAAUUAGAACAAAUAUUGUUCUUUUUUGAAAAAGUACAUUUUGGGGGGAUAAGAACAAGCAGUGUGGAUUAUAACGUUUUUGCUUAGGUCUGACAAAUGUCCGAUUAACGAGACUGUUGCUCGGACACUGUCCGAGAAUGGUCAGCCAACUAUUUCAACCAUUUUUACGUGACAGUGCUACAGAUCGACGUACCAUUAUUGAUUGCACGUUUGCAUGCAGAAAAAAGCUUGGCGUAUACGCCAACUAGCAACGUCCUCCGCGCCUUCACUUUGUUUGUGUUUCUUUAGGAAAUAAAGGUAUUUACUAAUAUAUAGCUAGGCCUACGGCUUAUAGAAAUUAAACAUAUUUUUGUAAGUAGUAAGUAUUGUAAACGCCGCCGGCUAUGGACUGUAACUAUCGAGAUUCGGUCACUUGAGAGAGUAUUUGCUAAAAGAGAAGCUCAAUGACAAUGUUUCCUCUGAGUGAUUUUUUCAUCCAAAUAUUUAUUGAUUGCAUUACCAGUAGGCAUAGUUAAAACAGUACUUUUCACAUAAACUACCUUCAAUUUAAAUGAACAGUGUGGCAUAUUUUAUUUGAUCGGACAAAAUGUCCGUGCAGAAUGAAAUUGAUCGGCCAUUUGGUGUUUUUGUUCGGCAAAUAGCCGAUUGCCGACCGUUAUAAUCCACACUGAGAACAAGUUUCUUUAUUACUUUCUAGACACAUGUGAUUAUUUUGCUAUUUUAAAAUAUAUUUAGGAAAAAAAAUUUUCAAAAUCAGGAAUCGGCCUUGUUUUAACAGACAUUGAAAACACCCUCAUUUAUGGGUCACAUGAGUCACAAAUUACAUCAUAAAGUUUACUUAUUCCCUGUCAGCUUGAACUAAUUUUUUGAGACAAUCAUAACUUGGUACUUUUAUUUGGUACUAGAACCUAUCCACAAAAUUCUAAAAAUAUUAUUGAUAGUUUCUGAGAAAAAUCACCCUCAAGUUUGGUCACAUGAGUCACAUAAAUAAGAAUUCAUGUAGAAUUGUUAGUUUUAGCACAAAAUAUGUGCUGGAAAUGGUUCUACCAAUUUCUUGAUGAGUAAUAGGUUUUUUUACUUGGGCAACUAUGUUUUGCCAGGUUACCAAGGCAACAAAAUUGUUUUUUCAAAAUUUCAACUUGUUUACAAAUUGCCAAAGGUUUCUCAUGAAUACAAAUAAAAAAAAGCCACUAAGUGCAGCAGAAAGACAAGAAGAGAAGAGAGAAGCUUAAGAAAGAAGGUAGAUAUGAGGAGUAUAAAGCUAAACAUGCAAACACUGUCAAAAAGUAUAGAGAGAAGCAGACUCUUAGACUAUGUAGAAAGCCUUACUGUAGAAGAAAAAGAUCAGUUAGUUUUAGAAAGAAGAGAGAAGGAUAGAAUUAGGAAGCAAAAGAACCGAGCAAAAACAGGAACAGUGUUAAGUCCAUUAGGAUCAGCACAGAGCUCUGGUAAAGCAUAUUGUCACACAAGUUCCCUAAAUCAAGCUGUCAAUGUCGUUAAAAAAUCACUUCCAGCCAGUCCAAGAAUGCGUUGAAAUGUCUUGCGGAAACUUGCAGAUGAAUUUGGCAAGGAUGAGGAUGUUGCCACCAAAGCCAACAAACACCUAUUAUCACUUGCUGCUGAAACAAUAGAGGCAGUGAAGAACUUUUACACUAGUGACAACAUAAGUCGAAUGGCUCCGUGGCAAGAGAGAUGUUGUAACCAUUAAGGACCAGGAAGGAAAGAAGAAAUUGCAAAAGCGACAUCUUUACAUGAGCAUCAAAGAAACAUACGGGGUCUUCAAAGAUGAGAAUCCAAAUGUGAAGAUUGGGUUAACCAAAUUUUCAACGUUGCAUCCUCCAAAUGUUCUCCUCAGCUCACAAACACCAUCCAAUGUCUGCACAUGUGUUUACCACCAAAAUAUGUUCCUGGCAUUAGAUGCAAUCCAUAGUCAUGUUCCUGGCAUACCGGUUUACUCCACAGAUUUUUCAGCUUCAUGUGUGCUCAAUCCAGAGAGUGAUUUAUGUUGGUUUGCCAACUGUUCACAUGAUGGUUGUGGCUUUGAAGAAAAGUACCCAUUACCUGACACUGUUAAGAACUUACCACCAAAGUGGAUGAAAUGGCAAGAAGCAAAUGGAAGACUGGCCAAGCUGGAGAACACGGGAAAAGUCCAAGAUUUGUACGACCACAUCUGCUCCAUGUCAAAGAAGUUUUUAGCCCACUGCCACAUCAAACGCCUCCAAUCAAAGCAAUAUGAGCUGGAUAAAGAGCUGGAUAAAGAGCUGGAUAAAGAGUUGGCUUCAUUGCAGGACAGUGAUAUUGCAGUAUUGCAGAUGGACUUUGCAGAAAAUUAUGCAUGCAUAGCUCAAGAUGAGAUCCAUUUGGCUCACUGGAACCAAAAUCAAGUUACCCUCUUUACCACUGUUACCUGGCUCAAAGGUGAAGUGAUGUCCAAGGUGAUUGUAAGUGACUGCGUGCAACAUGCAAAGUCCUCAGUCAUGGUAUUUCUUGUUGAAAGUCUGAAAAACCUGCCUUCAACUUUCAAAGAAGUGAGAAUCUGGACCGAUGGACCAUCCAGCCAAUUCAAAAAUAAAUUUGUGAUGGAAGGGAUGAGGAUGCUUUCAAAGAAGUAUGGAGUAAACCUUGAAUGGAAUUUCGGUGCUACUAGUCAUGGGAAAGGUCCUGUCGAUGGUAUUGGUGGGUGCUUAAAGAGGAAAGCGACCGACAGAGUUAAGAUGAGGCAAUGUGUCAUCAAUAAUGCCACAGAUUUCUUCAAAGCUGUCAACGAAGGAUCCCAGAUUGUAGUUACCCUCAUCACAGCAGAGGCAGUGCAAGCAAGAGAGAAGAGCCUUGGCCUUCCAGAUGUCUUUGCAAAAUGCAGCCCAAAUACAGGGGAUAAGUCAGUAUCACUGGGUUGGAAUCAAUCAUAAGGGCGAGUUAACCACCAAAUGGUACAGUGCAGCAGAAGUUUCAACAAACAAUGUCAUAGAUGAAUCAUCAGACCUUGAAAGUAGUGAUUGUGACAGCUGAUCAACCCAAGAUGUUAUACCAAUUGCAACAGAGAUUGGUCAGUGGUAUGCUGUGUACUGGAGACCAAAUAACUAUUGGUUUAUUGGCAGAGCAUUGCAAAUUGAGUUGGAUGGGCGGGUCACUAUGCAAUUUGUACAUCAAACAGCCGAAGACGUAAAUUGUUUUAAACCAACCAAUGACAUAGACACAGUUCCUGCAUGUGACAUUUUGAUUAAAAUAGAAUCACCAACACCACUUUCCGCUUCUAGAUGCUCUACAGUAAAGUUAACCGAUUCCGAGUACCAACAUGUUCAAGAAGCUUUCAGAAGCAAAGUUGAGGACAUGUGAUCGAUAACAUUUUGUGGCUUGUGAAAGUGUUUGAUACCUUGGGGUUUAAAGUUGAGCAAACAUUAGAUGUGUUCUUGAUUAACUGGCAUUUUCACGAGAAAUUUUUAAUAUAUCAGUUUCUACAGGGUUUCUAGGUAUAAUUUGUUAUUGGUCACGUGAGUCACAUUUUUUCUCACGUGAUUCAUGCCAUGGAGUAAGUUUGAUUGAACAUCCAUAGUUCUGUUGACUAUGAUGCUAACCUAGCCAAAAAUUGUUCAUUUUACAUGUUGUAAACUGAGUUAAUAGGUUUUAUUUGUCACUGGUCACGCGAGUCACAUUUUUGUGUCACGUGAGUCACACUGCAUUUGUAUGAUCAUUUGUUAAACAAAAGAUGAUUUUCAAAAAAAUCAAUUGAUAGUGAUAGUGUCAUGUCCCAGUAUACUUUUUAUGAAAGUUAGAAAAAUAUAAAAUUAUUACUUUGCCAGGAAAAUAGAUAAGAAUACCAUUGGGUAGAAUUUUUUGUUUUCUGGCUGUCACGUGAGUCACAAAAAGUAAAUGGGUAUAUCUGAGGCUGUGAGUACAAUUAUCAGGAAUUAAACGAAUCAUCGUGAAUAUCUCCCUAGGGUGUUUCUUGCCUGAAGUGAGUUUAGGUUUUGCUAAAUCAGACGUGGCAGAAACGUGCAUUUAAAUCCUAAAAUUUUGUGACUUUGUGAUGUCACGUGAGUCACGGUGAAAUGGCUAGCGAAAUAAUGCCAGAAGAAUUUACGUGUUUUUUUGAAAAACCGGUUUUUCGGUUUUGCCAAAGUCCAAGCACAGAAAAACUGGAAAAGACAAAGAAACGGAAAACGAGAUAAUAACGCAUGACUCAUCACACUCGUGGGCACGACCAAAGAAGGUAAAACUUAGCCUUGAAGCUUUGACUAGCUUAAAAAAGCCACAACAACAAACGCCAGCUCAGCUACCUCGUGAUCGUUUGUCAAAAGAAAUCAAACGGUGCCAGACGUAUCCCCGUAAUUGACUAUGAUGAAGAUCCGCUGAAGUGUUGGCAGAGAAACGAAGUUGAUUUCCCAGUGCUCUGUCAGCUUGCCCGAAAGUAUCUUGCGAUCCAGGCUAGCAGUUCUCCAUCAAAACGAUUAUUUAGCAAGGCAGGACUGGUCAGUACUCCAUCUCGAGCAAAAUUAAAACCAGAAAAAGUUGACAUGCUUACGUUCCUAGCUGAAAACUUGUAAAUUAAUACGUUCUUUUAACAUUGUCUUCUUACUGAUAUAUUUAUAACUCUGUAAGCUUUUGAUAUUAAGCAUCUAAAACCAGGGCUCGAAAUAGCGGGCUGCCAUGCAAUGGCCAAAAGCAGGCCAUAUUUUAGAAAUGGCAGGCCAAAACAAAUUUGAACUGCCAAAGAAAAAAAAUGGCAGGUGAAAUUCUAUAGAUAUAUUUCAACUCAUAUAUACCAGAUCAUUCAGUUGACUAAAUUAUCUAAAUACGUUUAUAUUUGAAAUGUAAUUCCAAGUUUACUGUAGUAAAAUAGACAAGUUUAAAUAUAAUAAAAAUGCAUAUCAUGAAAACAUUGAUUUUUACAAGUGUGACUCAUAUGAGACAUCGCCAUUUUGGCAGUUCAAUGAAUAAAAUGGCACUAUGGCAGGGUAAAAUUUAUUUCACCUGCCAAAAAAUUUUAGACUGGCAGGCCAUCUUUUUUCUCUACUUUGAGCCCUGUCUAAAACUAAAAUUCUUCACAUAAUAAAAACAUGUGCUACACUGUGUUAUUUACAGAUAAAAAAAAUGGUUUUUCGUUUUUUUCUUGACGGUUUUUGGUUUAUGUUUUUAUUUUCAAGAACCGCCCCAGCCUAUGUGGUUACACUACGCCAUUACAGUUUGUUUACAAAUUAAGUUAGCACUUACAGUAUGUAAACCCAAAAUAUUUCAAAUAGAGCAAAGAAAUUUAAAUAAAAAGCAUUCCACUUUACUGUUUUGAGACCUGAAGUGCUUGGUUUGCAAGCGGUACAAAAAAGUAACGAUGUGUAUGUUCACUCGAAGCCACCUGUUUUCAUCUUGAGCACUCCAUUUAGAAAGCGUGCUGAAAUUGUUAUGGCAAGAGUGACGUCUUCAAACAAUAUUGCUUCAUUGUAAAGUGAACGCGACGGCUAAUUGUGACUUUUCUGUGCCGUUUUCAAUCCGCUCCAGCGUACUGAGCGUAGUAUGAACGUAGUCUUUUAAGAGUUUAAAAAAACUUAUUUGCUGGGUUUGAAAUUUAUUCAUUCGUUCAUAAUUUAUUUGAUAAAGCUAGCAGGUUAACCACAGACAGGAGUUUCAGAAUAAGCCGGCGGCCGCCGGAGUUCUGCCGGCUACUUGAACUUUUACCGCCGGCUACUUUUCGUCUGGUCACAGGAAAAAUUUUACAUACAAAGGUACAAGCGAAUCAACACGAUGUUUGUUAUGUUCCAAUUGGAAUUCAAACAAAACAUCACUUAUUUUGGAAGAUCAAUAAGAUCAAUAAUACAUAGUACCAAACAUAGCUUGCUUUCUUAAGUUGCUGUCGAAAACGAUAAUAUAAACCUUCUCUGUUUUCUCGUCGCCAUCUUGAAUUUCGUAGCAAAUGGUCAGCGGCUCUGAAUCUUCCUGAACAGGAAGAUGACUCUGAUUGACUCUGUCAGAUGAUUUUACUUGUCAAGGAGAGAGUGCUGGCACUCAUUGGGUUAACCGUCUAAGUUGCUUUCUACCCUAAUGUGCCCUACUUUAUUAUUUUACUCUGUCUAACGCCAGGCGAUUUUACUCGUCAAGGGGAGAGCAGGGCCGUAGCGAAGAGGCCAAAGCAGGCGGGGUGUAGUAUCGCAUUUGCCGGCAACAUUUCAGUCGCUAAUUAAUCUUUCUUUUCCAAAAAUUGUUGGCCGUUAUUUUGCUGAGAAGAUGUUUUCAGAGGGGGGCGGGUGUCACACCCCACACCUCCCCCUAUAGCGACGGCCUUGGGGGAGAGCUUUGGUCCUCAAUGUUGCGUUAAGAGUCGUCUCAAGUCGGCUGGUCCAUCAUUUAUGGAAACUAUAAACUUUUCAAAGUCUAUAGAUGUUUACAAUCAGGCUAAAAUGAAGGUUGGGAAAAGAAAAACCUACUAGGAUAAAUUUUCAAGUAUUUUGAGUUCUCAUGUCAUGACAUGUGACUAACUUCUAUCGGUAGCUUUAACGUUCAAGUCUGUUUGUUCAUCCCUUUCCUUGUUUGUUUUACUGUACUUGUUUGUUUGUUUACUUUUCUAAACUCAUGCCAUUCAUUUUGUUCAAUUAGGCGAAAUUGCAUCGACGCAUUUCGUGUGAACGUCAUCCACGCGCGUGGCUUAGUGCGUUCUCCCGUAACCAACAUCGCACGAACGAGCUUCUUUCACACAAAACGUGGUAAUGUUUGGAUAGCUGCAGUCACGAGGCAAAAUGUCAACGCUGCCAUGGUCUUUGAGUUUCUCUUCAAAGUUGUGGAGGUUAUGCAGUCCUACUUCGGGAAACUGACAGAGGAGAACAUUAAGAAUAAUUUUGUUCUCAUUUAUGAAUUGCUUGACGGUAUGUUUGUUUAUAUUUGAAUUGAAUUUAUUUAAAAAUAGGCUUUACAACCAAAUAAAGUUGAAAUACACCUAAUUUACAUAUAAAACGAAUAUAUGUAUAGCGGGUAAUCAUGCGAUGGCGAGUACAAUUAGGGAUUAAUAGUACUCGUGAUGUUUGGAAAUUUUUGCCAAAAUUGGACGAGCCGCCAGGGCGAGUCCAAUUUGGCAAAUUUCCAAACAUCACGAGUACUAUUAAUCCCUAAUUGGACGAGCAACAUCGCAUGAUUACUUGUUUAUUAUUAGCAUGACAAAAUUGGAUACUUCUCAAUGUCAACAUUCUCAAUGUCAACAUACUUCUCAAACUUUCAACUAAAAUUUGGUGCUUUUGUUCAUAUUUUCAUUUAGUUCUUUACUUCUUUUGUUAAAGCAAAAUUUGGUGCUUUUGUUCGUAUUUUCAUCUAGGGCAAUUUCAUUUCACCUUUGUGUUUAAAAUACCUUUCCGCCAAUUUGUUUGUUUUGGGAAAAUCAUUAAUUGUACUGCAAUACAAUUAAUGAAAUAAUUGUACUCCAAUCAGCAUCCAGUAAUUUUGUCAUGCUAAUAAUAAACAAAUUUAAAAGCUACUUCGUUAUAAUCCAUCACACAUGAACCACUACUAUAUAGAUCAGUGACAUGAACUUGUAGGGAUCGCAUCCGGAAGUCAGCAACUUCCGGUAAUUAUAAUCCCAUAUGACCUAUGUUUGUCGUAUUAUUAUCCGAAAUAUACAAUAUAUUUCAUUAUACAUUCUAAUACUCUGUGAAAAGAACAAGCUUUGUUUUACAAAAUGAGUGUAAUUUUGAAGCCUAAAGUAAAGUGCUGUAGUUACUCUGUUACGAAGCGUCAAAGUUUCACAAAUUUGCAGUUCGGCAGCCAUUAAAAUUAGACGGCCUCCUUCUUCAAACUAUUUUCCG